AUGGCUGGUCUUGUAGACGCGCGCCUGUUGGGACGACCGAACAAGUAUUCAGGCAAUCGAGAUGAGUUUCCGACUUUAAGAUAUCAGCUGAUCAGCUACCUUGGCGCGAUUGACCCGAGGUUGGCAUCAGCAGUGGCAACGGCAGCUAGCCACGGCGCAGUCAUCACGUUGACCGAGAUGGGAGACGAUAACAAGCAGUAUGCAGCAACGAUGGGAUACAUUCUGUCACAGUUGUUGGGAGGCAGCGCGCUCACCUUGGUGAUGAACUGCGAGCAAGGAAGUGGAUUGGAGCAGCGGAGACGACUAUGCAUGCGAGAAGAUGCGGCGACAAGCUCCAACAAGGUGACGCAGCUGCAGCUGUUAGUGAACACUGAGUUUUCAGGCACAUGGGAGACCUACGUCGAAGAGCUCACGAAGUUUCUGUUGGACGUCAACCGGUAUCAAGAGAAGUUCAAUGAGAUGAUCUCGGACACCCUCAUCCAGGCUAUGAUCAAGAAGAACACACCCGAGCCGCUCAGGACACAGGUGAUGAUGCAACCGUUCACGUCUUAUCAGACUAUACGUGAGACCUGCGAGUCCUUCGCUCAGCAGAUGAGCCAGCGAGACACGAAGACGGCCCAGAAGAAGUUCGACCCCAAUGCCAUGGACGUAGACGCCUUCGGCAACGGUGGCAAGGGCGACUCCAAGAGGAAGGGCUACGGCAGGUCAGACAUGAAGGGCGGCAAGGCGGGUGGCCAAAAGGGCGCAGGGGGCCGAGGCGGCAAAAGCGACGGAAAAGGCAAGACAACGAGUAAGAAGGGAGAGGUGAAGUUCUUCGACGGAUGGACUAUGACGGAGGGGUGCGAACUCACGGGCGAGCCAGGUCAGUCUCUGCGAUCGAUUACUGGAAAGGGUAUACGGACAUGGGACAAGCGCGCGUUGACUGGAGAGGUUUUCGAUUCAAAUACGACGAUCAGUGCGAAGCUCAACGUCACUCCAGCUGAAGUCCGUAGAGGUGCACUUUCAGUCGCGGAGAUGAACGAUGCAGGUUAUUCAGUGCACUUUGACCCUGACGGAGCCAAGAUGUUCAGAAGCAACAAGAAUGUGCAGCAUGAGAUUUGCAAAGCACUGGGGUCUACUGUUUCACUCCAGCUACGUUGGAAGGUGGAUGCAUUUCUUCUUCCGAUGAGGUUCAAGGAUCCGGCGGGUGACGAGUCCAUCAUCGGGGACGUCGACGAGCAACUUGAGAAGGAGGACGCACAGAUGACGGAGGAGUCCGUCGAGAAGGAGCCUGCCGAGAUGCAGGACCGAAGGACUGGAUACCUCAUGGGAGUUGUUGUCGAGGCGAAAGGGAACCAGAUCUACGCCAUAGCAGCCAUCAGCGAGUUCUGGGACGAGCUGGGCUACAUGAGCAUGGGGGUGCAGUUGGACGGCGAACCUGCGCUGGAGGCCCUCAUGAAUGGGGUUGUUUCUGAGCGUACCAAGAAGCUUGGCAAGGAGGCUGCGCAGGCUUCACUCCGAGUACGGCUGGUUCCGAAAGGAAGCCAUGCGUCUCAAGGAGGAGCUGAGAGUGGAGUCAAGUCUGUAGCAGGUCUUGCCAGGACUGGGCGCUUGGCCCUGGAGAGACGUUACAACAUGAAGUUCACGGAGGAUGUUCCCGUCAUUCCCUGGAUGAUACGUCAUCAGAUAUUCUGCCACAACAGAUACCAGCGGAGGAGGAGCAGCGGUCGCACAUCUUUUGAGGAGUUGAGAUUGGCACCGCAUACACCACCCAUGCUGGAGUUCGGGGAGACGGUGAUCGGUAAGGAGCACACCGAGCUGCAGGACAAGCUGGGCACGGCCUGGUGCAAAGGAAUGUGGCUUGGACGCAGUGCGAAGAGUGGCGCUCACAUCACAGGUACAGCAACUGGGAUAGUUCAAGCCAGGACGGUGAAAAAGCUUACGAAGGAGGAGAGUUUCGAUACGGAGAUUCUCAGAGCUAUGCGAUGGACGCCGUGGAAGACCUCGGUGAAGGCUGGAGUCUACGACGGCGAGAACUGGCAGCCAACGGCCAUGGCAAUCAACAAGCACCAGCAGGGCCAGAGCCAGCGCAAAGUCGAGAUCCAGUUUCGGAGGUCCGGCAGCAGGUGCAUAGGAUCGAGAGGGGGCUUCGUGGCAAGCAGGAGGCUCCUACCCCAGGAUCGUCUAGCAAACGGGAUGCUGCGGGCGCAGACCUUGGCGAAGGCGGCCCUGGGCCCACCAGGCAAUCGAGGCCUGGUGGGGGCCAUCGAGGACAUGAGCACGGAGGACCUCAAGAGGCUCGUGGCAGGCUUCAGCACCGAGGAGAUGAUGAGGCUUGUGGCCGAGGUCGACAAGGAGACGAAGGACGACAGCGAGUUCAGCGUCGCGAUGGGCUGGGCGGAGGACGACGAGUGGGAGGCGAAGCAGUGCGAGCUGGAUCGGUUCGACAACUACGACGUGUGGGAGCUCACCCUCAGGGACCCUCAUGGGCCCAAGGCUCUUACGUGGACAUGGGUCUUAGAGAUGAGGAGUGGCGAGCUCAAGGCAAGGCGUUGUGCGAGGCCAUUCGGUAAGCAGGUCAACAAGAGCAAGAACGGGCUGUAUUGCCCUAUUACACUUCCGUUUUCACUCAAGUUGUUCAUGGUGUACGCUAUCGUCAAGGACUUUGCGAUCUAUUUCUUCGAUAUAUCUCGAGCGUUUCUGUAUGCACCUAUUCGGGGGUUGGUUUAUGCUGAGGUUCCGAAGGAGUACUGCCACUUACCAGAUAGUGCAGAUUGGGUUUUCAACCUCAACAAGACAGUUUAUGGACUCAACGAGGCAAUGACAUAUUUCGAUGGCCACUUCGAGAACAUUGCUACAGGACGGAGUGAUGAACCAAAUAUGACUUUCAAGAAGUUUCUGUCGGAUCCGUGCACGUUCGCAGACAAGACCAAUCAGGUGGCGAUGUCACAGCAUGUCGAUGACGGUACACUGGUUGGGCCUAGAGUUUCAGCCAGCAGAGUGUUGGAGGAACUCGGCACACACUUGCUGCUUAAGGUUCCAGAACUUACGGUUGGUGGUCCAGAGAUCAAGCAUCUUGGACGUGGUUGGCCCCGUAUCCCCGAGGGCAUUCAAGUUCGCAUGUGGCCUGCUAUUGCGAAGCAGCUACUCGACUCUGAGCCCAAUGAUACGAAGACGAGCCCAAUACCUGGAAUCAAGAAUGAGAGGAAGGUCGAGAGCGAGGAGGAGUUAGACGCAAAGGCGGCCACGAGGUUCAGCAUCAACGGUCUCAACAUGUCCGUUUGCUUAGAGAGGCCCGAGUGCCAGUACGCGGCGAAGGAGUGCUCGAGGGGGAUGUCGCGACCAACGGUGCAGGCCGACUUCAACGCGCUCGUGCACGCCGGUAUCGAGGCGAGGGGUGCCCAUACAUAUCUCAAGGAGCUCCUGGACGACACAGUGCCUGUGACGCUGGAGAGUGACAACUCUAGCGCGCUCACGAAUGUCGAGAAGAAGGGAGUUGGUAGGAUGCGCCAGAUCGAGCUGGAGGACCUGUGGAUCAAGGACCUCGUCGCACGGAAGGCGGAGACGAAGGUCAGCACCAACGAGGUCCAUACCGAGGAGAAUACAGCAGACAUCGGGACGAAGCAUUUGUCGAGGACCGAUUUCAUGAAGCAUCUGACGGCGCUGAAGGUAUGGCUUACUGGAAAAGAUGCUACUGAGAUAAUUAAAUGUGACUACGAGCCAGUCGCGAUCUCAAGCCCUGCAGAUGAUGAGAGCCAUUUUGGCGUUCCCACAACGGUCGCGAUGAUGAUGCUCACCCUUUUAAAUGUUAUCGCAGCGAGUGCAGUCUUCAAAGCCAAGCAGCACAUCGACCGUAUCACGCAGCCAGCACAGAAAGAUGUCACAACUCAGUACAGCCUGAAGGACACGAUGAAGAAUGGAGCUACGAGCAAGAUCGUGGCCAAUGAUCUUCGGGCUAUGUUCACAGCUAUGACUAUAGACAGUGGGCGGGAGUUUCUACGACUACGGCGGGUGGAUCGGGCCAUCUCGACAUAUACAAACGCGAUGGUGUUCGAAGCAUGCGUGGCGACCGCCCUCAACGAGAGAAGGCAGGACACGAUCUACAGUGUUGAUAGGUUUGUCGGGAUUCGGCACCCUCACUCGCAGGCCAUGAUUCGAUAUUGA